GCAUACUACUGGACAGAUCAAUCGACCUGUGAAAAUGAACCAUUCAAUGCUUACGCGGGUCCAGGUCAACCAAACACCUCAAAGUCUGCACCAAAAGUUUGUGCAGCAUUGCGUAUUCAGCCGAACAAUGAUUCUUUGCACAAUAGAUUCUUCUCGGUAUCCUGCAAUCUGCACCGUCAGGAUGAUGGGAUUAGCGUAAAAUUAGUUUUAUGUGGAAAGCGAGGCUCUUGUGAAACAAAGUCAUCAACCGCGAAUUCUCAAACAACUUUCGAAUCCACAUCUUCUGAAGCUACCACAGAAGGAAGUACAUCCGCAUCAGAUGGCUCGACGUCACCAACUGCCAGUUCUGAAACGACAGUAGAAUCCACAACGUCUGAAGCUACCACAGAAGAAAGUACAUCCGCAUCAGAUGACUCGACGUCACCAACUGCCAGUUCUGAAACGACAGUAGAAUCCACAACGUCUGAAGCUACCACAGAUGGAAGUACAUCCGCAUCAGAUGACUCGACGUCACCAACUGCUAGUUCUGAAACGACAGUAGAAACCACAACGUCUGAAGCUACCACAGAAGGAAGUACAUCCGCAUCAGAUGACUCGACGUCACCAACUGCCAGUUCUGAAACGACAGCAGAAUCCACAACGUCUGAAGCUACCACAGAUGGAAGUACAUCCGCAUCAGAUGACUCGACGUCACCACCUGCCAGUGCUGAAACGACAGCAGAAUCCACAACGUCUGAAGCUACCACAGAUGGAAGUACAUCCGCAUCAGAUGACUCGACGUCACCAACUGCCAGUUCUGAAACGACAGUAGAAUCCACAACGUCUGAAGCCACCACAGAAAAAAGUACAUCCGCAUCAGAUGGCUCGACGUCACCAACUGCCAGUGCUGAAACGACAGCAGAAUCCACAACGUCUGAAGCUACCACAGAUGGAAGUACAUCCGCAUCAGAUGACUCGACGUCACCAACUGCCAGUUCUGAAACGACAGUAGAAUCCACAACGUCUGAAGCCACCACAGAAAAAAGUACAUCCGCAUCAGAUGGCUCGACGUCACCAACUGCCAGUUCUGAAACGACAGCAGAAUCCACAACGUCUGAAGCUACCACAAAAGGAAGUACAUCCGCAUCAGAUGGCUCGACGUCACCAACUGCCAGUUCUGAAACGACAGUAGAAUUCACAUCUUCCGAAGCAGCAGAAUCCACAACGUCUGAAGCUACCACAGAAGGAAGUACAUCCGUAUCAGAUGGCUCGACGUCACCAACUGCCAGUUCUGAACCGACAGUAGAAACCACAACGUCUGAAGCUACCACAGAAGGAAGUACAUCCGCAUCAGAUGACUCGACGUCACCAACUGCCAGUUCUGAAACGACUGUAGAAACCACAACGUCUGAAGCUACCACAAAAGGAAGUACAUCCGCAUCAGAUGACUCGACCCCACCAACUGCCAGUUCUGAACCGACAGUAGAAACCACAACGUCUGAAGCUACCACAGAAGGAAGUACAUCCGCAUCAGAUGACUCGACGUCACCAACUGCCAGUUCUGAAACGACUGUAGAAACCACAACGUCUGAAGCUACCACAGAAGGAAGUACAUCCGCAUCAGAUGACUCGACGUCACCAACUGCCAGUUCUGAAACGACUGUAGAAACCACAACGUCUGAAGCUACCACAAAAGGAAGUACAUCCGCAUCAGAUGACUCGACGUCACCAACUGCUAGUUCUGAAACGACAGUAGAAACCACAACGUCUGAAGCUGCCACAAAAGGAAGUACAUCCGCAUCAGAUGGCUCGACGUCACCAACUGCUAGUUCUGAAACGACAGUAGAAACCACAACGUCUGAAGCUACCAAAGAAGGAAGUACAUCCGCAUCAGAUGACUCGACCCCACCAACUGCCAGUUCUGAACCGACAGUAGAAACCACAACGUCUGAAGCUACCACAGAAGGAAGUACAUCCGCAUCAGAUGACUCGACGUCACCAACUGCCAGUUCUGAAACGACAGUAGAAACCACAACGUCUGAAGCUACCACAGAAGGAAGUACAUCCGCAUCAGAUGACUCGACGUCACCAACUGCCAGUUCUGAAACGACAGUAGAAACCACAACGUCUGAAGCUACCACAGAAGGAAGUACAUCCGCAUCAGAUGACUCGAAUUUACCAACUGCUAGUUCUGAAACAACAGAAGAAUCCACAACGUCUGAAGCAGCAGUGGUCACAACGUCUGAAGCCAAUACAGAUGGAAGCAUCUCUACUUCAGAUGAUUUGAUCUUCUCAACAUCUCAAAGCGAAGAACCAUUUAAAACAACUGUUAAACCGACAACUUCGUUUGCUCACGAUGGAUGCGCUGCAACUCCUAAUACUUGUCAGGGAAAUUGCCCUAUUGGUUGGUACAAGACAAAAAGAGGAGGGGGUGUCUGGUGCAUAAAGGCAUACUACUGGACAGAUCAAUCGACCUGUGAAAAUGAACCAUUCAAUGCUUACGCCGGUCCAGGUCAACCAAACACCUCAAAGUCUGCACCAAAAGUUUGUGCAGCAUUGCGUAUUCAGCCGAACAAUGAUUCCUUGCACAAUAGAUUCUUCUCGGUAUCCUGCAAUCUGCACCGUCAGGAUGAUGGGAUUAGCGUAAAAUUAGUUUUAUGUGGAAAGCGAGGCUCUUGUGAAACAAAGUCAUCAACCGCGAAUUCUCAAACAACUUUCGAAUCCACAUCUUCUAAAGCUACCACAGAAGGAAGUACAUCCGCAUCAGAUGACUCGACGUCACCAACUGCCAGUUCUGAAACGACAGUAGAAACCACAACGUCUGAAGCUACCACAAAAGGAAGUACAUCCGCAUCAGAUGACUCGACCCCACCAACUGCCAGUUCUGAACCGACAGUAGAAACCACAACGUCUGAAGCUACCACAGAAGGAAGUACAUCCGCAUCAGAUGACUCGACGUCACCAACUGCCAGUUCUGAAACGACAGUAGAAACCACAACGUCUGAAGCUACCACAGAAGGAAGUACAUCCGCAUCAGAUGACUCGAAUUUACCAACUGCUAGUUCUGAAACAACAGAAGAAUCCACAACGUCUGAAGCAGCAGUGGUCACAACGUCUGAAGCCAAUACAGAUGGAAGCAUCUCUACUUCAGAUGAUUUGAUCUUCUCAACAUCUCAAAGCGAAGAACCAUUUAAAACAACUGUUAAACCGACAACUUCGUUUGCUCACGAUGGAUGCGCUGCAACUCCUAAUACUUGUCAGGGAAAUUGCCCUAUUGCUACCACAGAAGGAAGUACAUCCGCAUCAGAUGACUCGACGUCACCAACUGCCAGUUCUGAAACGACAGUAGAAACCACAACGUCUGAAGCUACCACAAAAGGAAGUACAUCCGCAUCAGAUGACUCGACCCCACCAACUGCCAGUUCUGAACUGACAGUAGAAACCACAACGUCUGAAGCUACCACAGAAGGAAGUACAUCCGCAUCAGAUGACUCGACGUCACCAACUGCCUGUUCUGAAACGACAGUAGAAACCACAACGUCUGAAGCUACCACAGAAGGAAGUACAUCCGCAUCAGAUGACUCGACGUCACCAACUGCUAGUUCUGAAACGACAGUAGAAACCACAACGUCUGAAGCUACCACAAAAGGAAGUACAUCCGCAUCAGAUGACUCGACCCCACCAACUGCCAGUUCUGAAACGACAGUAGAAACCACAACGUCUGAAGCUACCACAAAAGGAAGUACAUCCGCAUCAGAUGACUCGACCCCACCAACUGCCAGUUCUGAACCGACAGUAGAAACCACAACGUCUGAAGCUACCACAGAUGGAAGUACAUCCGCAUCAGAUGACUCGACGUCACCAACUGCCAGUUCUGAAACGACAGUAGAAACCACAACGUCUGAAGCUACCACAGAAGGAAGUACAUCCGCAUCAGAUGACUCGACUUCACCAACUGCUAGUUCUGAAACAACAGAAGAAUCCACAACGUCUGAAGCUACCACAGAAGGAAGUACAUCCGCAUCAGAUGACUCGACGUCACCAACUGCCAGUUCUGAAACGACAGUAGAAACCACAACGUCUGAAGCAGCAGUGGUCACAACGUCUGAAGCCAAUACAGAUGGAAGCAUCUCUACUUCAGAUGAUUUGAUCUUCUCAACAUCUCAAAGCGAAGAACCAUUUAAAACAACUGUUAAACCGACAACUUCGUUUUCUCACGAUGGAUGCGCUGCAACUCCUAAUACUUGUCAGGGAAAUUGCCCUAUUGCUACCACAGAAGGAAGUACAUCCGCAUCAGAUGACUCGACGUCACCAACUGCCAGUUCUGAAACGACAGUAGAAACCACAACGUCUGAAGCUACCACAAAAGGAAGUACAUCCGCAUCAGAUGACUCGACCCCACCAACUGCCAGUUCUGAACCGACAGUAGAAACCACAACGUCUGAAGCUACCACAGAAGGAAGUACAUCCGCAUCAGAUGACUCGACGUCACCAAGUGCCUGUUCUGAAACGACAGUAGAAACCACAACGUCUGAAGCUACCACAGAAGGAAGUACAUCCGCAUCAGAUGACUCGAAUUUACCAACUGCUAGUUCUGAAACAACAGAAGAAUCCACAACGUCUGAAGCAGCAGUGGUCACAACGUCUGAAGCCAAUACAGAUGGAAGCAUCUCUACAUCAGAUGAUUUGAUCUUCUCAACAUCUCAAAGCGAAGAACCAUUUAAAACAACUGUUAAACCGACAACUUCGUUUGCUCACGAUGGAUGCGCUGCAACUCCUAAUACUUGUCAGGGAAAUUGCCCUAUUGCUACCACAGAAGGAAGUACAUCCGCAUCAGAUGACUCGACGUCACCAACUGCCAGUUCUGAAACGACAGUAGAAACCACAACGUCUGAAGCUACCACAAAAGGAAGUACAUCCGCAUCAGAUGACUCGACCCCACCAACUGCCAGUUCUGAACCGACAGUAGAAACCACAACGUCUGAAGCUACCACAGAAGUAAGUACAUCCGCAUCAGAUGACUCGACGUCACCAACUGCCAGUUCUGAGACGACAGUAGAAACCACAACGUCUGAAGCUACCACAGAAGGAAGUACAUCCGCAUCAGAUGACUCGAAUUUACCAACUGCUAGUUCUGAAACAACAGAAGAAUCCACAACGUCUGAAGCAGCAGUGGUCACAACGUCUGAAGCCAAUACAGAUGGAAGCAUCUCUACUUCAGAUGAUUUGAUCUUCUCAACAUCUCAAAGCGAAGAACCAUUUAAAACAACUGUUAAACCGACAACUUCGUUUGCUCACGAUGGAUGCGCUGCAACUCCUAAUACUUGUCAGGGAAAUUGCCCUAUUGGUUGGUACAAGACAAAAAGAGGAGGGGGUGUCUGGUGCAUAAAGGCAUACUACUGGACAGAUCAAUCGACCUGUGAAAAUGAACCAUUCAAUGCUUACGCCGGUCCAGAUCAACCAAACACCUCAAAGUCUGCACCAAAAGUUUGUGCAGCAUUGCGUAUUCAGCCGAACAAUGAUUCCUUGCACAAUAGAUUCUUCUCGGUAUCCUGCAAUCUGCACCGUCAGGAUGAUGGGAUUAGCGUAAAAUUAGUUUUAUGUGGAAAGCGAGGCUCUUGUGAAACAAAGUCAUCAACCGCGAAUUCUCAAACAACUUUCGAAUCCACAUCUUCUAAAGCUACCACAGAAGGAAGUACAUCCGCAUCAGAUGACUCGACGUCACCAACUGCCAGUUCUGAAACGACAGUAGAAACCACAACGUCUGAAGCUACCACAAAAGGAAGUACAUCCGCAUCAGAUGACUCGACCCCACCAACUGCCAGUUCUGAACCGACAGUAGAAACCACAACGUCUGAAGCUACCACAGAAGGAAGUACAUCCGCAUCAGAUGACUCGACGUCACCAACUGCCUGUUCUGAAACGACAGUAGAAACCACAACGUCUGAAGCUACCACAGAAGGAAGUACAUCCGCAUCAGAUGACUCGACGUCACCAACUGCUAGUUCUGAAACGACAGUAGAAACCACAACGUCUGAAGCUACCACAAAAGGAAGUACAUCCGCAUCAGAUGACUCGACCCCACCAACUGCCAGUUCUGAAACGACAGUAGAAACCACAACGUCUGAAGCUACCACAAAAGGAAGUACAUCCGCAUCAGAUGACUCGACCCCACCAACUGCCAGUUCUGAACCGACAGUAGAAACCACAACGUCUGAAGCUACCACAGAUGGAAGUACAUCCGCAUCAGAUGACUCGACGUCACCAACUGCCAGUUCUGAAACGACAGUAGAAACCACAACGUCUGAAGCUACCACAGAAGGAAGUACAUCCGCAUCAGAUGACUCGACUUCACCAACUGCUAGUUCUGAAACAACAGAAGAAUCCACAACGUCUGAAGCUACCACAGAUGGAAGUACAUCCGCAUCAGAUGACUCGACGUCACCAACUGCUAGUUCUGAAACGACAGUAGAAACCACAACGUCUGAAGCAGCAGUGGUCACAACGUCUGAAGCCAAUACAGAUGGAAGCAUCUCUACUUCAGAUGAUUUGAUCUUCUCAACAUCUCAAAGCGAAGAACCAUUUAAAACAACUGUUAAACCGACAACUUCGUUUUCUCACGAUGGAUGCGCUGCAACUCCUAAUACUUGUCAGGGAAAUUGCCCUAUUGGUUGAAUCGAAUGCCAUAGUAAAAGUAAGCACAUCAACAUUGGUUACCCGAACAUUCUCGGAUCAGAAUACCUCUUCAUCAUUGAUAGUACCUACUACAAGUUUGAGAACAUUGUUCUCUGUCCCAACAAAGCCGUUUGUGUGCUUAUCAAAUUGUUCUGA